AUGUGUUCGGAACUUUUAAUUCUUGAUUACUCCAUUGUGCUGAACUUGCUUGACAACAUUGAGGAGGAGGAGGAUGAUGCGGAUAUGCCGCAGCAGUUUUAUGAGGAACUUUUAAUUCUUGAUUACUCCAUUGUGCUGAACUUGCUUGACAACAUUGAGGAGGAGGAGGAUGAUGCGGAUAUGCCGCAGCAGUUUUAUGAGUAUCUGGGAGACGGGCAGCGAGUGACCAACCCCGAUUUAGGACUGACGGAAACUGAGGUUGCAGUAUGUAUUGGACGGGAAAUUUUCCGAACUGUUGGUGGGCAGCCUCAGAACAUUGAUGCAUGCGGCAUAUGUCAGGAGGACUAUGUUCACGGUGAAGAGCUUGGGAGAUUGGAUUGUGCGCACAGAUAUCACCUAUCUUGCAUCAGGCAGUGGUUGCUCAUCAAGAACAGAUGCCCAAUCUGCAAGAAAAUGGCUCUCACCAUCAUAGACUUGGAGGACGACGAGGACGAUGAUGAGUGAUCAGAAAUGUUUGUUGGACUCAUUUUGAAUAAAAUGGCCAUGGUGCUAGAAACUUUGUUUUAUUUUUCAUGUUGUUGUCUGGUCUACCUUAUGCUUGAUGCCG